UUCACCGCUGACUGAUGCGCGCCUGUUGUACUCUUCUAGGACGGAUUUACGGUGCCGUCGGUAUAGAUACCUCUCGGAGAUCCAUGACUGAGUGCGUGCACGUGUGUUCGCAGGUAGACGCCAGGACGGGCGCGCAGUACACCUUCGGCGAGCUGCACGAUGCUUCUCUGCGGGUGGCCGCCGGUCUGCGGCGGCUAGGCCUGCGCACGGGCGACAUCGUCUGCUUCCACGCCGCCAACGGGGCCGACCUCGUGAUCGCCAUGUGUGGAACAUUCUUCGCGGGCGGCACGGCCGCCAUGGCAAAGACUAACCUGACCGAAAGGGAGAUUCGUUACCAGUUUCAGGACAGUCGUCCGAAGUUUGUCAUCACCGACCUAUGCGACGCAGGGAGGGCGGUGAAGGCUUACGAAAGUAUCACAUCAGUAGAGGCUGUCAUAGUUACCACGGGCUCUUACGAAGGGACGCUGAGCCUCUCGCAGCUUGUUAAAACUUCUCUCGAUAACACUGAUGCUCCUGCGGAUGUCGGUCCGGAUUCCGUGUUGGCGAUAAUAUAUUCAAGCGGCUCUACCGGAUUACCAAAGGGUGUACAACUCACACACCGCAACAUGAUCGCCCAGGUGCUAUCAUAUGGGUACCUGGACGUAUCGAUUUUUCAAAAGGGGGACAUAUUUCUUGGUUCAGCAUCACUUAUGCAUGUCGGCGGCUUUUCGCUCACGAUGUGUCAUCUCGGCCAUGGCUGUCAGGUCGUCAUGGUCCACACUCCGGAUUUUAACAUCAUUCUGCCUGCGAUAGAAAAGUACAAGCUUGUUUUCGUUUACUCCUCUGCACAGGUAGUAGACACGCAUUCUAAAAAGAAUCUUGGACCUCUUGAGAAAGGGGAAAUCUUUGUGAAGAGUCCUGGUUCUUUUAAGGGUUAUCUUGGGCGGCCGGAGGAAACGGCUCGCGUCUAUGAAGACGGCUUCAUUCGCACAGGGGACACGGGUUUCUACGCGCCAGACGGCCGUUUCUUCGUGUGUGGCCGGCUGAAGGAGCUCAUCAAGUGCAUGGACCAGCAGGUGGCGCCCGCCGAAAUCGAGGAGCUGCUGGCGGCGGACACUAGCGUGCGACACGUGGUCGUGGCCGGCGUACCGCAUCCGGAGUACGGCGAGGCUCCGCGCGCCUUCGUCGUGCUCGACAGCCUCCCGGGGGACGGCACGGAGGAGAGCGAAACCGCUGCCAGGCUACAGGCGCUCGUUGCCGACCAGCUGUCUUUCCACAAGCACUUGCACGGGGGUGUGGAGUUCCUGGAGAGCAUUCCGCACACGGAUUCCGGCAAAGACUUACGCAGAGCGCUGCAGCAGUCAUACAUGGAGAAGCUCAAGCAGGUCCAGACGCACUAAAAUCGGAAAAGACGUACGAGUGCCGUCUUAUCGAAUUCAGGUUGUCUGUGGAGGCAGGGGUUUGCAGCUUAUUCUGGCUUGUCUCCAAUGCUUUAUCCGUGUGGCGAGGUGGUAUGAUAGUUGAUUAUUUAACGCAACAUGUGUGCGAUCUUUCGUGGCAUUCACCCAAUGUUAUCAAAAUGUCAAAAUUUAGUUACCAAGUUGCGAGGCACUACGUAUGUCUUCUGUUUUCAUUUUCUUUCGGAAUCGGCCGCCUUUUAUCGUGCCUGUACCCGUUUUACAUGGUCCUCUAGCUGUAUCACUGGUGCUAAGCAGGUAGUGUGACGUCUACAGGAAACACCAAAGCACCUCCCUGCACGCCUUGUUUUGUGUUUAAAUGACGUUCUGUAAACAAACAUCAGAAGAAGCAAGUCUGAAGUUAACCCCUCGUGUAUACGGUGCGCGAAAUCACUCCGGACUUUAAUAAAAUCCAUUG